AGAAUCCGGAAACUCGCGCCCCCACGGCCAUUCCCAACAGUUGCACCAUCCGCACCUGCCACAGCACCGCGCUCCUUGCAUACUGAAGGCAAGAAUAACAUCUGCGUCACGCGGCGUACCAAGCUAGCCGCAUACCUGUGUCGAUGCAAGGCUCUGAUCCUCGAAGAUGGAUUUAAAGAGAUUCGAUUGAGCGCAAUGGGUGCUGCUAUCCCGCAUCUUUCGCUUUUGGCCAUUUCUCUACCUCAAAUAGUGCCGGGCGAGCUGAGCGUCGAAGUGCAGACAGGUAGUGUGGAGGUUUUUGACCAGAUGCUUGAAGAAAGCGAGGAUGAAGAUGGUGGUGGUAAUGACGAGGAAUUCAAAACAAGGGUCAAGUCGACAAUGAAUAUCGUCAUUCACGUUGGAGGCUCAGGGGAUCCCAAAGUGAUAAGUGAUCCCGCGAAAGGAUCAGCA